UUUUGAUGACGGGCUUGUCCGCAAGUAUCCACGAUCUCCGGCACCUCGGGUCGCGAUGACCGGCGCCGUGGCCUCUUCAGGCAUCGCGGGACAUGGCCUCCGCAAUCGGGGAAGGCCCAGGUCGUGGCGAGCCGGCAGAAAAAUUCCAUGUUCGGUGACGGGGGCGAGACUGCAGCACGCACUGCGGUCGAGAGGGGCACUGGAGGAGGGGCGGUGACUCAACCCCCAGAAGGGCUCCGCUAAUUUUCUGCCACUUUACAGGGGGGUGCCGCUGAUAUGAGGUUAUGACUCGCCUCCCAUUUCAACCACAACUCCAAACAAAGACAGAAGCAGAACCCGGGGAGAAACUUGUUGACAUAUUUCUGCUGCUGAAUCCCGACCUUCCUUCUCCUUCCCACCCAAUUGGUCUCUCGAUUGCCAGCACGCGCAUUCAUUCAAUAUGGAAGGCCUCAAGCAGACGUUUGCUCGCUGCAAGGCGCAGAACAGGUCUGCCCUUGUCACCUAUGUCACGGCCGGUUUCCCCAACCCCGCAGCCACUCCCGAUGUCCUUCUGGCUAUGGAGAAGGGCGGCGCCGAUGUUAUUGAGCUCGGCGUUCCGUUCUCUGACCCAAUUGCCGAUGGCCCUACCAUCCAGACUGCCAACACCAUCGCUCUCCAGCAUGGCGUGACCACCGAGGGCGUCCUCGACAUGGUCCGCGUGGCCCGCAAGCGUGGCCUCAAGGCUCCCAUUCUCCUCAUGGGCUACUACAACCCCCUCCUCAGCUACGGCGAGGAGCGUCUCCUCAAGGACUGCAAGGAAGCCGGUGUCAAUGGCUUCAUCAUUGUCGAUCUGCCCCCCGAGGAGGCCGUCUCCUUCCGCAGACUCUGCACCCGCGGCGGUCUCUCCUACGUCCCCCUCAUUGCUCCCGCCACCUCGGAUGCCCGCAUGCGUAUCCUCUGCCAGCUCGCCGACUCCUUCAUCUACGUCGUCUCUCGCCAGGGCGUCACCGGUGCUAGUGGCACCCUGAACGCUCACUUGCCGGAGCUCCUCGCCCGUGUGAAGAAGUACAGUGGCGACAAGCCCGCGGCCGUCGGUUUCGGUGUCAGCACUCGCGAUCACUUCCAGUCCGUGUCUCAGCUUGCAGAUGGUGUUGUCGUCGGCAGUCAGAUUGUUACUACCAUUAUGAACGCCGCCGAGAACGAGAUCAACAAGGCUGUGCAGGAGUACUGCGGUUACCUUUGCGGUCGCACCACCUCCCCCGAGGAGGAGGCCACCCGCGAGGUUGGCAUUCUCGAGGCCAUCAACGGUGCUCAGGAGACUGGAGAUGUGUCCGUGGAUGCUGUCAUCAAGGAGACGGAUGACCUUGUUGCCCAGCUCGACAUGAUCAACUCUGAUCUCCCCAAGCGUUUCGGCGAGUUUGGUGGCCAGUACGUCCCCGAGUCCCUGAUGGACUGCCUUUCCGAGCUUGAGGACGGCUUCAACAAGAUCAAAGAUGACCCGGCUUUCUGGGAGGAGUACCGCUCUCACUACCCCUGGAUGGGCCGCCCCGGUCACCUCCAUCUGGCUGAGCGCCUGACGGAACACGCUGGUGGUGCGAACAUCUGGCUUAAGAGAGAGGAUCUCAACCACACCGGUUCCCACAAGAUCAACAACGCCCUCGGUCAGCUCCUUCUCGCCAGGAGAUUGGGCAAGACCAAGAUUAUUGCCGAGACCGGUGCCGGCCAGCACGGUGUAGCCACAGCUACCGUCUGUGCUAAGUUCGGCAUGGAGUGCACUGUUUUCAUGGGCGCUGAGGAUGUUCGCCGACAGGCUCUUAAUGUGUUCCGCAUGAAGCUUCUCGGCGCCAAGGUCGUUGCCGUCGAGGCUGGCAGUCGCACCCUCCGCGACGCCGUCAACGAGGCUCUCCGCUCUUGGGUCGUCAACCUCGAGGACACCCAUUACAUCAUUGGAUCUGCCAUCGGUCCCCACCCCUUCCCCACCAUUGUCCGCACCUUCCAGUCCGUCAUUGGCAGAGAGACCAAGCAGCAGAUGCUCGAGAAGCGUGGCAAGCUCCCCGAUGCCGUCGUUGCUUGCGUCGGUGGCGGCUCCAACGCCGUCGGCAUGUUCUACCCCUUCGCCGAGGACAGGAGCGUCAAGAUGUUGGGCGUGGAGGCUGGUGGUGACGGUGUCGAUACCCUUCGCCACAGUGCUACUCUCACUGCUGGCUCCAAGGGUGUUCUCCACGGCGUCCGGACCUACAUCCUUCAGAACGAGCACGGCCAGAUCGACGAGACCCACUCCGUCUCCGCCGGUCUCGACUACCCCGGCGUCGGCCCCGAGUUGUCCAACUGGAAGGAUACCGACCGUGCCAAGUUCAUUGCUUGCACUGAUGCCCAGGCCUUUAUUGGUUUCCGUCUGAUGAGUCAACUGGAGGGUAUCAUUCCCGCCCUUGAGUCUUCCCACGGUAUCUGGGGCGCCAUUGAGCUCGCCAAGACCAUGAAGAAGGGCGAGGACGUUGUCAUUUGCCUGAGUGGCCGUGGCGACAAGGACGUGCAGAGCGUUGCUGAUGAGCUGCCCAAGAUUGGACCUGUCAUUGGCUGGGACUUGCGCUUCUAAGCUUGCUUUUUUUGCUUGCUCCUUCACUUGGUGGGGGUGAAUGCAGUUGUUUUGGAUUUGGAUUUUAAAAAACAAUAUCAAGCAGAGGGACGUAUCUGUUACAUAGAUGGAGCGGAGUUGAUCUCGAAUGCCGGGUGUACCAGGCCACCGUUUGGGUGGGUCGUGGAGGAAAUACAUUGGCAUUCUGCGCGUUACUUGUUCUUGGUCUCCAUGUGAUGUUAUCUCCCCGUGCUCGGC